ACACUAACAACCAUUAGAACACUUUCAUCUGCUUACAACCGGACUUGCACAUUAUGUUGCUCUCCAAAUGUGGAACAACCUCCCAAAGCGGCUCAAAAUGAAAAGAAAGAAUGACCAACCAACGGUAGCAAUAAUAGACGCAGAUGGCCCUUCUCCUUCCGGAGGGGAAACAAGGACAGCCUCUGAUGAAAAAGUACAAUUGAGAAAGGAAAUUGGACUGAUCAAAGCUAUUUCUAUCAUCAUGGGGACCAUUAUUGGGUCUGGCAUCUUCAUCUCCCCUCAAGGUGUACUUAGCGGGACUGGGAGUGUUGGGCUUAGCCUGGUCGUCUGGGUGGUAUGUGGGUUAGUCUCUCUAGCAGGUGCCUUGUGCUUCGCUGAACUGAGUAUCGUAACAGGGAAGUCAGGAAGCCAGUACAUCUUCCUAAAGGAAGCCUAUGGAGAUAUCCCAGCAUUCCUAUACUCGUGGACUUCCAGUCUGCUCAUGCGUCCUGGGGGUAUGGCUCUCGUCACGCUAGCCCUGGGGACGUACACAGCAGACUUUGUGGUCCCUGGGGUUUGUGGGGUGCCUGAUGUGCUCAUCAAAUUGUUUGCUGUACUCGUAACGUUAUUUACGUCAUUUAUCAAUGCGAUAAGCGUAAAGUGGACUACCAAUCUGCAUGUAGUCUGCACGGUGUCAAAGGUCGUGGUACUGUUAAUCAUUAGCGGCGUGGGCGUAGUGAGAAUGUUUCAGGGACAUACUGAAUAUAUCAACCCUGCAGUCUCAUUCAUCGGUUCAAACACCGGGUUCUUUCAACUAUCCGAUGCAUUCUACCAGGGUCUGUACCCCUACGACGGCUGGGGUUCGUUGAGCACAGUUUACGAAGAGGUUUUCAACCCUAAAAGAAACGUUCCAUUGGCCGUAAUAAUUAGCAUUCCUAUUACCAUAGUGAUUUACAUCUUCGUCAACCUGUCGUAUCUGACUGUUCUGUCCCCAAAUGAGAUGAUCGCAUCAAAAGCAGUUGCCCUGGAUUUCUCUGAGGUAUCGCUUGGUGUCAUGUAUUGGAUCGUACCUCUAGGUAUCUGCAUCUCAGUCUUCGGAGGAGCAAUGGGGUCGUCUCUUACAGAUUCCAGGCUUCCGUACGUUACGAGUCGUGAGGGUCACAUGGCCCAGGUGCUGAGCAUGAUCAGCAUAAAGAGGAGAACACCCCUCCCAGGAAUCUUUCUGGAAGCUAUUAUUGCGGUCUUUCUCAUCGCCGUUGGAUCUUUCGACACGUUGGUCUACGGACUGAGCUUUGCUGGGUGGAUCUUCUACGGUAGUGCCGUGCUGGCCGUCCCGAUACUCCGGUACCGUCUACCGGAUCGCCCGAGACCCUUUAAAGUACCAAUGAUCUUCGUGGUUGUUGUAUUCAUCACCGCCUGUUACCUCGUUGUGUCUCCCUUUAUUAAUGGUCCAGGAAUGGAAACUAUCUACGCAUGUCUCUUCAUCUUCUCUGGUCUUAUCUUCUAUUUCCCUUUCGUCCACUUCAAAUACCAUCCAAAAAUAAUGGAUCACAUAACGAUGUUUCUUCAGAGGCUUCUUCAAAUUGUAACAGCGCCUUAUGAGGAACCAGACUAAUACAGACUCACCUUAGGAUCAUGUGGCAUUAAGACAGGAUACAUGACUAAAAUCAACUUUAUUUAUCUCAAAAAAAGAAUUUGAAAUAAUACACAAAAAUCAAGAGUCAAAAAAAAAAAAAAAGCAGAUACAAAUUUGUAUGAACCAAUUCUCGGGGAUUUACCUCUGUCAAGCCAUGUCAAGCGAUAGACAAAACA